CUGACUGAAACUCAACAAUGUUUGGCAGGAGAUCUUUGUUAGCGGCUCUGCUCGCUGUGGCUGUUGGUGUUUACCUGCUGCCUUCUCCCAUCGACCCCAAACCACAUGUGCUGCGGGGCCCUCCUCCGGCCCUCGAGGGGCCGCUGGCUGUCAACACCCGGCUGCAGAAAGGCCGCAGGCUGUUUACUGGGAAACUACACGGACCAGAAUCCUUCACUGCAGAUCAGGAAGGUAACGUGUACACGGGGACCGUGGACGGGAAGCUGUGGCGGAUCGGUCCUGAUGACAGCCUGACCCUCGUCACACAGAUGGGACAGGAUCUACCAGAAUGUGGCAGCAGUACAGACUAUGAGCUGGUGUGUGGUCGUCCUCACGGUGUUCGUCUGGAUCGUGGCGGUCAGCUGAUCGUCGCUGACUCGUACUUGGGGCUGCACAGUGUCGACCCCGAAACCGGAGAGAAGACGCUGCUGCUGGCCAACUCACAGGGUGCUGACGGCGUCCCCUUCGCCUUCCUGAACGGUUUGGAGAUUUCCCCCAAAACUGGCAUCAUUUAUUUCACCGACUCGUCGAGCCGCUGGGGACGCAGACACGUCAAACUGGAGGUGAUCGAGCUGAACAGCCUCGGGCGUCUUCUGUCCUUCGACCCGGAGACGAGGAGCCUGAAGGUCCUGCUGGACUCGCUCUACAUGCCCAACGGCAUCGUGCUGUCGCCUGACGAACGCUUCCUGUUGGUGGCCGAGACCAGCAUCGGACGCAUCCUCAGGUUCUGGCUGACAGGUCCUCAGGCCGGUUCUAAGGAGAUCCUCAUGGACAACAUGAUCGGUUACCCUGACAACAUCCGCCUUAGUGACCACGGGACUUUCCUUGUUGGCAUAACAACGCCACGGUUCAGGAAGGUCACGCCUCCGUUCCUCGACCUGAUCGCUCCGUACCCGGCGGUCAAACGCUUCCUGGCCAAGGUGGUUCCUCUGGGCUGGUACAACCUGCUGCUGCCGCGCUACGCUCUGGUCCUGGAGCUCAGCCUGGACGGGGAGCUGGUGGGAACGCUGCAGGACCCUGAGGGACGCCUGACCUGGGCCAUCAGCGACGUGUUCCAGCACCGAGGGAGGACCUACCUGGGCAGCACAGACCUGCCCUUCCUGCCCGUCCUGGAGGAGGAGACCAGCUGAUGGAGGAGCGGACACUAAACAUAGGAUCAUUCUGGUUUUACCUCUGGAACGUUUAAACAGCAGCUACAAGGAAGGAAACACUGUGGCCAUUCUGGAUUUUACAUUUUUAAGGUUUUUAUUGGACGUCUGGAGCAACAUGUGGAUAUUACCUGGCUCAAACCUGGAUGUUUUGGUUUCAGGUCACUUACUGAUGACCUGAGAGGUGAACUGAGUCUUUAUAAACCAGUUAAACCUCCUGUAAGAACAGAAACAAACUUACAUCUGCUAAAACAACUUUUUUUAGAAUAAAAAGGACGCAGUUCUUAGUGCAAAAAAACAUAAAAUUUGCCAGAAACUGUGAGCUAAAACAUUAUUAUAUAAGCAAAAUACUGCACAAUGAAAUCAUUUAUUUCUACAGUCAUGGAAAAAAAUAUUAGACCAGCCUUGUUUUCUUCAGUUUAUUGUUCAUUUUAAUGCCUGAUACAACUAAAGGUACAUUUGUUUGGAUAAAUAUAAUGAUAACAACAAAAAUAGCUGAUAAGAGUUUAAUUUGAGAGCUGAUAUCUAGACAUUUAACAUGGUUUAUCAAGAAAUAAGGUUAUUAUCAGCUCUUAAAUUGAACUUUUAUGAGCUAUUUUUGUUGUUACUAUUAUUUUUGUGCAAACAAAUGUACCUUUAGUUGUACCAGGCAUUAAAAUGGAUGAGAAAUUGAAGAAUAAGGGUGGUCUAAUAGUUUUUUCCAUGACUGUAUAUGUGUAUAUAUUAGUUAAUUAAAGGAGUAUUCCAUCCGUUAUUCAUUGCACUGGAUGUCUGCAGAAGAUGAAACACUGGAAUUGUCGGAUUAAACUUCAAUAGAGACAUUUCAAAUGUAAUUUAUCAUUUUUCAUAAACUUUGUUCUGAGCCAUUCUCGUCCCAUUCUAAUAGUUUAUUGUGUUUGUAAGUGAUGUUGGAGCUUAAAUUGACAGUCUGGACUGUUUGAAUCGUCUCCUGCAGCCUCCAUCAUGUGGACUUCCUCUGUGUCGGAUUUUUAAUUAAGCUUGGAAAUUAUAAUUACAGAACCUCUGGAAUAAACUGUGAGAAUGUGAACUGUUAAUACUAUAUUGCAAAGUUAAAUUUUAAAAUAAAUAUUUUAUAUAAAAAUGA